AUGCCUGAAGAUUAUAUGUCAAUGUUGCGGAGCCUACCCGAUGAGGAGGCGAAAGUCAAAGGACCUGCUGUUGGUGUCGCAACCGUUGACUUGACCGUCACAACUGGGCCACCUCGCCACCUUGCCUCUGGUAUUCUUUAUGGUAUACCUGAUAAGCCUGAUCAGAUUCCUGAGCGGUUUUACAAGGAGAUUAGUUUCAACUACGGGCGAGGUGGAGGGUCUCAGCUUCCAAACACCAGAGGCUAUGCCGUCAGUAAGGAAGACUAUAAGGCACGAUUCUCAUCAGCAUUGAGUAAUUACAGGACAACGCGCAAGUAUGGGGGAGAGUUCAUCUACCUACUCCCUCCGCUUUGGGGAGCUGAUGGUGGCCAAUCUGAGAACUUCGAGUACCCUGGUGACAAUAGUGACUGGACGCGCUGGGAUGCCUUCUUGGAGCAGACACUUAAGGACAUUCAGGACUCUGAUAUGUCAAAGGGCCUUGUCAUUGACAUCUGGAACGAGCCUGAUCUAAGCUUCUUCUGGGGUGCUUCCAAAGAGCAGUGGCUAACUCUUUGGUCUCGCACUUUCAAGAAGGUCAAGGAAACACUUCCAUCAAUCAGGAUAGCAGGUCCAAGCAUAUCAGCAAUCCCAACCACCACUCAUGAAUGGUGGAAUGACUUCCUGUCUGAGUGCCUCAAGAACGACACUCUCCCUGAUCAAUGGUCAUGGCACAUGGAGAGUGGUAACGACUGCGAUACUAUGGCCGGAUCGAUUAAGACAUUUCACGAACUUUUAGCCAAAUUCGACAUUCCUUUGGAUAAAGCGCAGGAUGUCAACAUUAAUGAGUACGCUGUCUAUGGCGAGCAGGUCCCGUCUGCAGGGGCCUGGUGGAUCGCCGGUCUCGAACGCGAAAACGCUCAUGGGCUGAGAGGUAACUGGGCGAUAGCCGGAGCUCUGCAUGACUUCUUGGCUGGUCUGUUAUGCAAACCAAACAAGGCAGAUGGAGAAUACCAGAUUGAGGGCGACGGAUACUGGCCUACAGCAGAGUAUCAAGUAUACAGGUACUACGGCUCCAAUAUGACCGGCGAACGCGUCAAGACCACACCAACCCCAGAUGGUUUCCUAGACGUCUACGCAACAAAAGACGCAAACGUCAUCCGCAUCCUUGCUGGAACUCGCUCCAGAUCUGGUGACUGGUCUAUCGAGGUGAUGGGCUUGCCGGACAAUGCUGAAGUUCAGAUGAGAACUCUGGCGUUUGCGGUAGUGGGGGAAGACAAGUUCAAAAGGGUUGAUGGUCCUGAGCAUUUGGGGGAGACGACGCGGGUUGCUGAAAAUGGUAGUUUAAGACUCAAAAUGGAGCAUAAAGACACGACGACGGCUUAUGCUUUUGAGGUCACGCUUCCGAUGGAAUAA